AUGACACUUACGCAUUCAUCACGAUUUGCUAUUGGUCUUUCUCGGUCUAUAAAACGAGGUUUCAGUCAAGUGGGUGAUCUCGGAAGUGGCAGUGGAAAGGGUGGCGGAGCUGGCGGAUCAAUACGUGAUGCUGGUGGCGCUUUCGGAAAACGACAAGCUGCACGCGAGGAGGAAUAUUUCAAAAAUCUGGAAAAAGAACAGCUGAAGUCACUACAAAUGCAGUAUAAAAAUUUGCGCAAAGAAAUGGAACGUGAAAUAGAAGAACAUGAAAGUCAUGCUCGUGAACAUAAAGAGGCAGCUGAACGACUGAGACGUCGAGUAAAUGAGUUGGAAAAAGAAGAGCAGCAGUUGAAAAGUCAAUAA